AUGGUUAGUAUACAAUUCUCAGCAGCAGCUAAUUUAUCUUCUUUGAGGACAGUUAAUGCUGUUAUCCAUCUUCCAAAACUCCCAAUCUUGGAAGUUGUUUCUGACAGAAUUGAAAUGCAUCACAACAUUUGUGAACUACGUAACAAUUGGAACACUCUUCUCUUGAAUUCCAUCAACAUGAUUACUCUCACUGCUACAACCAUGUCUGGUCUUGCUGCUACUGUUCCCACUACUUGCUCAGAUUCAUCACUUUUGGCUUUGAAGUUAUCUUCUGCUCUUUUGUUUUCUGCAGCCACCGGAUUGUUGCUUAUCAUGAACAAAAUCCAACCUUCUCAAUUGGCCGAGGAGCAAUGAAACACUACAAGAUUGUUCAAGCAACUUCAAAGUCAAAUCCAAACAAAAAUUGCUCUUGGAAAUUCUACUAAAGAAGAUGUCAAAGAAGCUAUUGAAAAAGUUUUGGCACAUGAUAAAGCACACCCACUUCCUUUAUUGGGAGCAAUGCUUGAAAAUUACCCUGCUAAAUUUGUUCCUGCUAAUUGGUGGCCUUCCAAAAAAGGAAAAACACAAAGCAAGAAAAUAGGGAAAAUGAACAACGGAUGGAGUAAAGAAUUAGAAAUGGAAAUGCAGGAAGUUGUUGAAGUGAUAAAGAGAAAAGAUGCUGAAGAUUAUAACAGGCUUGGAAACAUAGCUUUGAAGGUAGACAAGAGUUUAGCAAUUGCAGGGCCAUUACUCACAGGAAUUGCCGCUAUUGGAUCUACAUUUAUAGGCAAUGGCUCUUUGGCUGCCUUUGUUCCUCUAUUGGCUGGUUCAUUGGCUUCUGCAGUUAAUACUUUUGAGCAUGGUGGACAAGUUGGCAUGGUUUUUGAAAUGUAGAGCUUCUGGUGGUUUUUCAACUUGUUAGAAACUUCAAUUGAAUCAACUUUGGGAGAGAAAGAUUUAGAGAAAAGAGAAAAUGGAGAGCUAUUUGAAAUGAAAAUGGCUUUGCAAUUGGGAAGAAAUGUAUCAGAGCUGAGGGAACGUGCCACAAAAUCAGCUUCUUGUCGCAUCGAAGGUGUUGACAUAGAUGAAUUUUCCAGCAAGCUAUUCUGAGAUAAUCUUCAAUAUUAACACAUUAUUUUGUUCUUUCAUGUAUAGAUCCUAAUUCACAUUAUUUUAUGUAUAUUCAUUGUUAGUACUUUGACAUAGAAAGCAAAUGUAAAGAUAGCCAACAGAGAUCUGAUUUUGCAAAUAUAAUUUCAAACUUCAUCCUCUAAUUGAG